AAUGUUUCACAUAUUUCAGUGUUGCAGUAAGCUUGUGGAGCUCGUGACAGCAGUGCUAGAAUGUCAGAAGACUCGGACUACCUACCAACUUUAUUACCCAAAGAUGAAGAGGAAUGUGGAGAAUAUUAUUUUGAGACAGAUUGUCUGGCACUGAGGGACAACCUGGACUACCAGCUGCUUCUCAAGGCUCUUGUCAAGCUGCAGGCUCAGCGCAUCAAGGCAGUCAAGGAUGUGGAGCGGCUACAGGAGGCUCGUGAGUCGGUGCUCAAGGACCCUAUAACAUUUGUGAUGGCUCUACAGAAUGGGGAAAAUUUAAAUUUGCCAGACCCUCAGGAAAUUGUUCAGAUUCCACAGAUAAACUGGGAGAAAUACAACUUCAAUGUCAUCACUCAAGGAAUGAGACCAAAGACCAGGAAGAGGAUCAUUCAAGAGAUGUCAGCCAGCCAGCAAUCCAUUCAGGAAAGUAAAGAGUCAACAAGUGCUGCUAAUAAAAUACUGGUGCGAGGAAGACUGUAUGAUGAAAGCAAACCACAGACCUUCAACCAGAUGUGGAGCGAUGAAGAACAGCGAAAACUUGAGGAGCUGCUUAUCAAAUACCCUGAUGAACCAAUUGCUUGGCACCGCUGGGUCAAGAUCUCAAAAGAAAUAGGUACUCGAACACCACUUCAGGUGCAGAGUAGGGUUCAGAAAUACUUCAUUGCCCUGAGACGAGAGGGUCUCCCAGUUCCUGGCAAAAACCCCAAGGAAAAGGCCAUAAGAAGCAUUACCAAAAGAAAAAACAUCAUGCCGUGGUAUGGCAGAAAGCCGGUGUCCAGCUUUAUGAAGGCAUUCAACAUGUAUGAGGAUGCCAUCCCAAAAACUCUGUCUCUUGAGGGCACACACAGCUCACAGGCAGCAACUUAUGAUGUCUCGGAUGAGGAGGACAUUGUUGACGAGCUACGCAACACUGAGGAGUAUCAGGAACUGCUCAGGAUAAAGCAAGUGAAGCGUCUCAAGGAGCAAGAAGCUGAGACAGGGAUUGUUGCUCAUCACGGCUAUUCUUGUGACGGGUGUGGCAUGGAGCCCAUCACUGGCCCUCGCUGGCACUGCAUUGACUGUCCCUCCUCCAGAAGUAUAGAUAUUUGUGGAAAUUGUGUUAAGACCAGCUUCUCCUAGAAUGUCAUGUCCCUUCUCAUCACCUGGAGCCAAUCAAAGCCUUUUGCUUACAAGAUGCCAUCUCAUAAACAGAAGUGUGUUUGAGUGUUUUCAUGCUCAUAACACUCACCUGUAUGAUCAGUAAGUAGUGCAGCAGUUACAUUAGUUAUUUGUGCACCUGAUGACCAGUAUAUAUUAGUGCACCUGUUUGGUCAAUAAGUAGUGCAGCAGUUUCAGCUGUUAUUUGUGCACCUUUAUAGUCAGUAUAUAGUGUGGCAGUAUUAUCAGUUAUUAGUGCACCUGUAUGGUCAUUAUAUAGUGUGCCAGUUUCAUCAUUUAUUUGUACACCUGUAUAUAGCAUAUAUAGUAUAUAGUAUAGUAGUUUCAUCAGUUAUUUGUGCACCUGUAUGGUCAGUGUAUAGAGUGGCAGUUUCCUCUGCUAUCUUUGCAUAGUGUGUACAUAUGUUACUUGAUUAUAAGCCUGAUAAGUUGAAUUUUUCAUGAGAAAAGUAUAAAUAGGAUUCAGGCUGAACCUUGAACCUGAGUGCUUUACAGGUAAUGUGAAGGUAAUAUAAAGAUGUGCUGUGAAUCCAGUACAUUACUUCAGUACAUUACUUAUGUAAAUGUAUAGUGAUAUGUGUUUAGAUAUAUCUUGUAUUGAGCAUCUAAACAGUUUGUUAGCAAUAAGAUAACACCUAAACUGUUUGUUAGCAAUUAAAAACAAGUCGUGCCUAUUUUGAUGUUAAUUGACUUCCAUUGGGUGAGAGCAAUGCAGAGAUUACAAAAGGCUGUAUUAUUUAGUGUUGUUUAACAUCCACAGAAAAUUGUUGCAUCACAGCAUAGUACAGAAACAUUGUACCCGAGUAAUAAACCCAAGACCAUUAA